AGAGACAGGAGGAGUGCUAAGGUAGCCAGGGGGGAAUCCUGUACUCCAUCGUUCGUGGUGUAUCGGCUGCUGCUCCAGCUCUCGUGGUGGCCUGUGUGGAUUGUCUCGAGCUGACCAGCCCCCAGCCACGCCUACUCGGGCAUUCUUGGGCGCCUGCCCAGUGUUCCACCCUGCGCUGCGCUGCCCCCUCCUCGUCUCUCCCCACCGCCAAGUGAGGUGGCCUUGGAACCGCCCAGGGCUUAUCACCGACAGCGCUGGACACUCUGCGACAGCCUCCCCGGCGCCACCGCUCAGCAUCAUGAGUGAUCUAGACAAGUAUUUGCGCUUCCUUCCUGUUUUUUUGCGUGUGCCUGAGGGGUGCAGAUGAGAAAGAAUGGACUGACCGACCGAUUUUUUCCCGGUGUCACGUGUAGGGCCAUCGCGCAGCUGCGAGCCUGCCGCCUCAUUCCCGAAGCCCAGGUGCGAGAACUAUGCCACAAGGCACGCGAGCUGCUCAUCGAGGAGGGCAAUGUGGUCUCGGUGGACGCGCCCGUGACGAUAUGUGGCGAUAUCCAUGGCCAGUUCCAUGAUCUGAUGGAGCUGUUCCGCGUCGGCGGUGACGUGCCGGACACCAACUACCUGUUCAUGGGCGACUUUGUCGACCGGGGGUUCUACUCGCUCGAGUCCUUCCUGCUGCUGCUCUGUCUGAAGGUGCGGUACCCGGACCGCAUCACGCUCAUCCGCGGGAACCACGAGUCGCGCCAGAUCACGACCGUAUACGGCUUCUACGACGAGUGCAUCCGCAAGUACGGCAGCGCCAACGUCUGGCGGUACUGCUGCGAGGUCUUUGACUACCUAGCGCUCGGUGCGCUGGUGCUGGGCGCCAGUUCCGCACUCGAACCUACCUCCGGGACGACGACAACGACAACAACAACGACGAUGGCAACGACGACGAUGAUUGACGACAGCGAGCUGGAGAUAGAGGUGUUGAACUCAAAGGGAGACGUCACAAUGAGCUCUCACCGGCCGCGACGGCAGCACCCAUCAUCCGAUGCUUCGACAGACUCGCGCAACAACAACAACAACAACAACAACAAUAACAACAACAUUGGGGCGGCCCCCUACCGAUCUGGGGUCCCCGGCACAGGGGCGUCCGGUGACGGCGGGGGCAGUAUCGGGGGCAGUCGGACGGGGGCGGUGCUCUGCGUGCACGGCGGGCUGUCCCCGCUCAUCGACACGGUGGACAAGAUCCGGCUGAUCGACCGCAAACAGGAGGUGCCGCACGAGGGUGCGAUGUGUGAUCUACUCUGGUCAGACCCAGACGAGAUCGAGGGCUGGGGUCUGAGUCCACGCGGGGCCGGGUUCCUGUUUGGCGGAGAUAUCGUCAAACACUUCAACUAUAAAAACGACCUGUCGCUGAUUGCUCGCGCCCACCAGCUCGUCAUGGAGGGCUACAAGGAGAUGUUCGACAGCGGGAUCGUCACCGUCUGGUCCGCCCCAAACUACUGCUACCGCUGCGGCAACGUCGCCGCCGGCGACUAUGCUCGUUCCAACGGCAUCCUCGGCUCCAACGAUCCCGCCGCUGACUCCUCUGCCGUCCUCAGUCCGGGGAGGCGCUAUCGUGUCUUUGAGGCCGCCGCGCAGGAUACACGUGGCAUGCCUGCGAAAAAGCCUGUCGCCGAUUAUUUCUUGUGAUACCACUUGUUUGAACUGUUUCGAGUUGCUAUUGCUACAUAUCACGACCAAAUAGCCUGAUGAUGAUGAAUAUGGUAUUAACUCUGCAAUAACUACAUGAACGAUACUGUCGGGUAUCAGGGGAACUAU